AUGAUGCACCCUUACUUUGUUGCAAGCUUAAUUGUCGGUGGCGCCGUUGUUUGCUAUACUGCAUAUAUUCUUUACAAAGAGUUUACGGAAGUGCCACAAUUUGUUUUCAAUGACGGACCAAAUACUGAUAGAGAUACCAAAUGGCGUAGUGGCCAAACAAACGGUUACCAGAGUAGUGACGAUGAGAGCUUGUCUAUUGUUGGCUCUGAGGAGAAAUCUGGUAUUAGGAGAAGGAGAAGAUCAAAAGGCAAAAGCCGAAGAAAUUUAAGCAAUAAAAGUCAUAGUGAUGAUGAACAAGAACUGCUGGACAGGCUAUCAUAUUUGAACGCAGUUGAGCAAGAAAUAGAACGCAAAAAACUACAACUAGCAAACGAAGAACGCAUCCUUAGUGAAAGAGAACGUGAGGUCGAAAAGAGAAGACAAAAUUUGUCACAUUCUACUCGUUCUAGUCGCUCAAGCUCACACUCUGACUUAUGGCAGAGUAUAAAUUCGCCGAUUGGUGUCACACACUCUAAUCAUUCUACGAUCUCUACUUCUACCGUAGAUGAUGAUCAGCCAUUGAUAAUUGGAAAUCCAGAUGUUAAUUCUUUGAACUCUGCCCCACCCACUGUUAAAACUACUAGUUCUUCAGAACAACCUCAACAACAAUUGAUGAGAUCAGAUGUACUUCCUAAUCAGUCACCUUCCUUAUUAAAAUCUGUUCCUACGGAAGAAACAUGGUCGGAAAUUGGAUCUGUUAUCUCUGAGAAUUUUGGAAGCAUCAUGUCGUCAGUUGUGGACAUUGAUAUGGAAAAUAUAGAGCAUUGA